AUGGUCGCCGUUCGUCUCCUCGGCCUGCGUCCGUCGCCCGGCCGUCUGGAGAGGUGGGUGGGGAGUCUACCGACCGCGGGUAGCUGGGGCGGUCGCCUCACCUUGCCUAUACGAAGUGUCCGCUCCUACUUCAUUCGGUCCAUUCCGCCGCUCGAAGGAGUUGAGAGAGGAGUAAGGGCGGCGAGGUCCUCGCGCGCCAUGAUGGGCGGCGACCUGUACGCCCUUGACUUCGACGGCGUCCUAUGCGACAGCUGCGGGGAGAGCUCCCUCUCGGCCGUCAAGGCUGCGAAGGUGAGGUGGCCGACGCUGUUUGAGCAGGUUGAUGCCGCCAUGGAGGAGUGGAUAGUGGAGAAGAUGUACACCCUUCGUCCAGUGGUGGAAACAGGAUAUGAGAACCUGUUGCUUGUAAGGUUGCUUGCUGAGAUCCAAAUACCCUCUGUUCGAAAAUCAUCAGUUGCAGAUGGGCUUAGCAUCCAAGAAAUAUUGGAGAACUGGUUAAAACUGAAGCCCAUUCUCAUGGAUGAGUGGCAAGAAGAUAGAGAAUCUCUUGUAAAUCUCUUUGGCCAUGUAAGAGAUGACUGGAUUGAAAAUGAUUUUUCUGGCUGGAUAGGCGCUAACAGGUUUUAUCCUGGGACAGCUGAUGCAUUGAAGCUUUCAAGCUCUGAAGCUUACAUAGUCACAACAAAACAGAGUAGAUUUGCUGAAGCGCUGCUCAAACAAUUGGCUGGAAUAGAUUUUCCCUCUGAAAGGAUAUAUGGCCUUGGCACUGGUCCGAAGGUUAAAGUUCUCCAGCAGCUGCAGCAAAUGCCACAGCACCAAGGCCUAAAACUUCAUUUCAUCGAGGACCGACUUGCAACUCUGAAGAAUGUGAUCAAAGAACCAGCGCUGGACAAAUGGAACCUCUACCUGGUGACAUGGGGAUACAACACACAGAAAGAGAGGGAAGAAGCAGAGGCUAUACCAAGGGUCCAACUCAUUGAUCUCCCAGAUUUCAGUAGGCAGCUCAAAUAG